GACUUCCACUGUCGGAACUUUAACAGUGUGACAUCCAGCGGAAGUAAACCACACAAACGCUAGUAGCAUUAGCUCAAUUAGCUGCAUGCACGUAUUGGAUUUCCUGGAAGACGAUAUUAUUGUCGUAGUGCAGCUAAUUACUUCAUUAAACAACAAUGUCUUCAGUUGAGUAUUUACGAGAGUUUGUCAACGAGCGACUAACUGUUGCUGCUGAAGAAAUAUUCAGAGUUUUUGAGAAAACUAUCGUCGAGUACGAGGAAGAGAUCGAUCGUCAGCGCAAACUGUUGGAUAUCGUUUGGAAACCUGAAAUAAAUCUACACAGGAUAGAGCUCCCACAGCAACAUGUCUGCAAAGAGAAGGAGGUUCUCACAGACCAGCAGCUCUGUAUUCAGGAGAGGAACUCCAGUCUGGACCAAGAGGACCCAGAGCCUCUACAAAUUAAAGAGGAACAGGAGGAACUCUGCACCAGUCAGGAGGGAGAGCAGCUUGAGCAGGAGACUGAAACCUUUAUGAUGACUCCUACUUAUGAGGAAAGUGAUCACAGUGAAGAUCAGACUCUGUACUUUAAUCCUGACAAAAGUGCAGCAGAGACAGAGCUCCCAGCUAGCAUGUGUAUCACUUGGCUUAAAGAUGAAUCUGACUGGGAAAAUCCUGAAGUAUCAGAACCAAACAGUGACCACCAGCUCCUCUCUCACAACUCUCAUGUAGCUGAGAGCCAAGAUCAGAAAGAAGGCAAGAAUGGAGACUCAGGAUCAACUAUUAAGUCUUUCAAAUGCGACACCUGUGAGAAAACUUUUAAGAAAAAGUCACAUUGGCAGAGACACCUGAGAAUUCACACAGGCGAGAAGCCAUACUCUUGCAACACGUGUGGGAAAAGAUUCACGCAGAAAUCAAUAUUGAACGGUCAUAUACGAAUCCACUCAGGUGAGAAGCCGUAUUCUUGUGAAAUAUGUGGGAAGGAUUUCAGAUGUAGCAGUAACCUGUUGAACCACAUGAGAAUCCACACAGGAGAAAAGCCGUUUACAUGCAAAAUAUGUGGGAAAGACUUCCGACAGAGUAGUGAGUUGACAUCCCACCUGAGAAUCCACACAGGCGAAAAGCCAUUUUCUUGCAGUACGUGUGGGAAAAGAUUCACUCAGAAGUCAAUAUUGAACACUCAUGUAAGAAUCCAUACAGGUGAGAAGCCAUAUUCUUGCAAAACGUGUGGGAAAGAUUUCAGAUGUAGCAGUCAGUUGAUACGCCACAUGAGAACACACAUAGGUAAGAAGGAAGCCGUACCUUUGCCAGAUCAAUAUUCUCUUUUACAAUUUUUAGAUACUUCAGCGGUAUGAGUGGGUUUUGAACUCUCUAAUGUUGAGGCUGAGAAACCCUCUCUUGUGGUGUUGGGUCACUUAUUUAGUCAUCCUACUAACUAGUUUUUUUUUGUCUGCAUCAUGUCAUUAAUUGAAAUUUGAAAUUAAUUGAGAGAGCAGAAAUGUUCAGAUGCUUCAAGCUGCCAGGAGUUGUGAAGUCCAUCACUCUGUUUUUUGCAAAAACUGUAAAACUAAUUAAACCUAUCUCCUCCCCCGUUUAUUGCUCGAUUGACACUAUUUUUGCUACGCUUUCUUCAGACUGUCCUCUACAAAUGAUCCAGACAGAUUUUUGAAUUAUUAAAAAUUGAGCCCACAGUGCAUCAAAAUGUUUUACUUUAAACUGCUACUGCAAAUGCUCGCUAAAUAAAUCUCCAAUGUUCUUGAAAAUAAAUGACAAAAUGUUGAUGCCAUGGUAGAUGUUGUGUGGUGGAUUAAUUGUAUCUCAAAAACUGAAUGUUUGACAGUAUUUUUAAUUCUAUCAUGUAGGCUAUUGCAGUCAAUUGAAAUAGAGCAUCUUUAAACUUAAGUUUCCCACUUAUUGAGCAAUACAUCUUUGUAAAAAUAACAAAUUACAGACAUCUCUAUGCUGUCUAGAUGAAGUACACAAAUUCUCCAAAUGUUGUCUUGAUAACUGAAUUUUUGACACUACUUUGAAAUCUGCCUUUACAUGCACUCUUGGUGAGUGCCAGGGUUGGUGAAGUCAUAAGGCCUUUCCCAUUUCCCAGUUUGUACAUCCUUGAUUCCUUUCCUCGACUCAUCUCCUCGCGUCUAAGUCCCUCCCACGGGAGAUGCGAGCGGAGGAGGCGAGGACAGAGGAGUGAAGGCAACAGGCAUUGCAACAAAUGAGACAUCUUUGCCUCGGAGCCGUCAUUUUAAUGCAACGUCAAUUAAAUGUGACUUGUGGCACAGCUGCAUCAGACGUCCAUUGUUUUGUUUUACCAAUGUAUUUUAUGAUCUCUCUCAGAUGUGCAUACAUUGUUCAUGACAACUUAAAGGCUAUAUUUACUAGUACUAAUUCAAUUCACAAUGUGACAUAAUGCAACAAGAAUGAACGGAUGUUGGAUCUUUAAAUUACAGCCUUUAUAUAUUGUAUUGUGUUAAGCACUACAAAUGUUUGUAUGAAAAGUACUAUACUGUACAAAUAAAGAGUGGCAUUAUA